ACUUAACACAACGAGCAAGGAUUGACAUCGAACACACAACGAUCAAGGAUUGAUACUUAACAGUGAUACUAUACGCUGCAACGAUGAACAACGAAAUUCAGACACACGGGAACUGGGAGUACUGUGCGUUUGACAAUGGAAUACACCGAAGAAGAAAUGGGACCGAAGGGUGGUCUCGAAUGGAGUCGCCCCCACCCGCCUUAUCUGAACUCACCCUCUCGCUUGUGCUAGAAACACAAUCAUUCGGGGAACCAGACCAUUGGUCACUCUUUGUUGCUUCCGAAGGCGGAACUGGCCAGGUCUACCAAGUCAAAGGGGAUGCCGAAUUCAUGGAGUACAUGCAUGCCGAAGGGGUUGACAUCUUAACUUCCGAAUGUCUGAAAACCGCGUAUACGCUAUGCACUCUGACCGAAGACCAAGCUGAGCGGGUAGCGUAUUAUGCCAAUACAGAAACUCCUCCUUCGGCCCCAGAUCGAGCCUCUGUGAGGGAAAAUUGCCAAGGGUGGACGGUUCGAGUGUUGGAAAAGCUGGUAGAAGAGGGCAUCGUGACAGAAGAUUGGCUUGAGCGUGUGAAGGACAUGAUGGAGCCUCCUUAACAGACCGAGAGUUUAACAUACCCUGUACUAGUAUCUGGCAAAAGCAAUGUACCAAAGAAAAUCGCC